AAUGGACUGUUGAGAGGUGUCGUAGCUGUCAGUCAUUUUUUUUGUUCAGUUUACAUGUUUUAAUGUGAAUUUAAAUUACUCAUUAUAGUAAUGGUUCAUCUAAUUUUAAAAGAAAUCCUAGCCCAAAGAAUGUUUUAAGGAAACAUUAUUUGCUUAUGGGACAAAUAAGGGGUAAAGUCAUUUUGUUUUCCUCCCUUUGGAAUUAAAUUCAUUCCAAAAUGCCACCCGAGAAUACUAAUAAAAUGAAAAGAAAGAGAGUAGUAUUGACCAUUGAAACAAAAUUAAAAAUUGUUAAAAGGUUACAGAAAGGCGAAAGUGUUUCCAAACUUUCUAAAGAAUAUAACAUAGGAAAUCAAACUGUUCGUGAUAUUUUAAACAACAAGAACAAAUUAAUGAACUUUGUCUUCUCGUGUGAUAGUCUCGAUGCAACUUCGAAGAGAAAAACGAUAAAAAAGUCGACGUAUCACGAACUCGACAAAGCUAUGUUUGAGUGGUUUCAACAGCAGCAGGCCGAGGGAAUUCCGAUUUCGGGACCAGUACUUAUUGAAAAAGCUCAGUGGUUUCAUAAAGAGUUGGGGCUGGCGGGACCUUUUCAGGCUUCGCAGGGCUGGUUGACGAGAUUUAAGACCCGUCACGGUAUUCGCCACCUGGAAAUGCAGAGCGACUCGCUGAUUCGUGAAUUUUCGCCGGUUGAAUUGUAUCAAAUGGAAUUUAUGAAACUGAUUCAAAGUCACAAUUUAUCAUUAGAACAAAUAUAUAAUGCCGAUGAAACUGGUUUAUUUUGGAAGGCGCUCCCUUCCAAAUCUGAUAAAACUCCUUUUGGCUUUAAAUCAAAUAAAGAGCGCAUAUCAUUACUUCCGUGUUUUAAUGCCAAUGGUACGCAUAAAUUAAAACUUGCUUGUGUUAGUUGUUCUAAAAGACCAAAAUUUUUUCAAGGUAAAAAAAUUUAUUAUCUUCCUGUAGACUAUUAUCAUCAAUCAGAGUCGUGGAUGACUCCCGAAAUAUUUAAAAGAUGGUUUUUUGAAAAUUUUGUUCCGUCUGUGCGUGAAUUUUUGCAUUCUAAAGGCCUCCCUGAAAAAGCAAUGCUUGUUUUAGAUAAAUCUUCCUUGCAUGCAAAUGAAGAUGAGUUGAGAAGUGAUGAUGGACAAAUCUUUGUAACAUAUCUUCCGACUGACAUAACAACUGUAGUGCAGCCAAUGGAUCAAGGUAUUUUUGAGAUUCUCAAAUAUCAUUACAGGAAAAAUUUUCUUUGUACUCUUUUGGAAGAAGAGAGAGAUGUUAAAAAAUUUUAUAAAAAUUGGACAAUUGCUGAUGCAAUUUUUGCAGUUUGUAAAUCAUGGGAUCAAAUUCAGUUAACUAGUCUUAAGCAUUCCUGGCAAAAACUCUUUCCUCAGGAAAUGAAUGAUAAUAUUAAUCAAAAUGAAACUUUAUGUAUAAAUGAUAGGCUAGAUAUAUCAGAUUUUCUUCAAUUAAUUCUUAAUUCUAAUAAUUUCCAAAAUAUUGAUGUAAAUGAUGUAAGAGAAUGGCUUAAUGUUGAUAAUGAUCAGCCUGAAUGUGUUUUAGAUACAUCACUUAAGGAUAAUACAAAUAUUUUAGGAAGUAUUUCUCCAAAUCAAAACCAGUUAUCUACUGAAGUUAAAAGUGAAGCAGAAAAUGAUUCAGAGAAUGAAUUAAUUAUUCCAAAUGUAGAUAUUGGUGAGACUGAUGAUUUAAUUAUAUUGAAUAAAAUUACUGCUCGGGAGGCUCUGAACUGUGCAAACACUUUAUUGUUAUUUCUUGAACAACAAGAAGAAACUAAAUAUAGUGAUGUAUUGAAUAUUCAAAAAGUUCAAACGUUCAUUAGGAAAAAAAUCCAUCAAGAAACAAGCUAAUGUUAAAUUUGAUACAAAAAAAACUGUUCAAAACUCAUCAAAAAUCUGCCAUUAAAUUCAAAAAUUGAAUUUCUGUAUUGAUUGCAAAUGCAAAUAUUAUUUUUCGUUAUUUAUGAUUAAAUAAAUUAUAAGAUAAUUUAUUACUGAAGGAGAGAGAGAGAGAGAGAGAGAGAAUUUCUAAUUUUAAAAUUAUUUUUUAUGCAAAUUUUGUUAAUUGCUAUGUAAUGAAUGCAUAUACAAAUAUCAAAUAUAAAUAUAUAUUUAAAAUAUUAGCAAUAAUAAUCAUUAAAGUGUACUAAAUAAUGUAAAUUAAAUAUUCCCGUAUAUUAGCCAAUAUAUCUGUAUUAGUACAUUUUCUGAUUGUUUUUUGCUUGAAGAUUUAACAUAAUUUCAAAAGGAAAUUUAAGGACUAAUAUCUUUCAACUUCCCUCCACUCUUUAAAAGUGAUUUCUUUGAUCUCAUAUUUAAAAAUCACUCAAACAAGACUUGCAUAUGGCAGAAAUAUGUAUUAUUUGAUAAAUGAUAAAAUUAAACAUAGCACUUGCUAAUGUAGUUUCUAAUGCUUAUAUAAAUUAAAUUUAAUAGAAACAUAACUUUAAUGAAUAUGCUAGAAAGAAUUUGAAAUUGACUAUGAUUGUAGAGAAAACUAGGAAAGUAUAAACAGAUGAAGAUUAAAAAAAUCUGAUUCCUAUGAAGACAACAACUUACAGUAAAACAAGAAAAGUGACAAGUAUGAACAGAAAUUCAGAAUACUAUCUUUACUAAAUGGAAAAAGGCUAGAAUAGAUAACAUCAAUAAAACCAUAUCAAAUAGACCAAAUGAACCCAAUACUGUUAUGUAGGCAUAAAAUUAAAUUAUCACUGUUUAGAAAUUAAACAUAUAAUAUUUUAUGAAGCAUUUUAGAAUUCCAUCUACAGAUUUAUUCAACAUAAAACAUUAACUUGAGUAUAAAACAGGAUGUAGAGAAAUUAUUUAGUAUCUUUUAAAAUAUACUGAGCUUCAAUUUUAGACUUUUUUCAAUGAUUUCUCCAAUUUAAGAAACAGAAAAAUCA